GGUGGCUUGAUACAGUUUUAAAACCGGAUGUUGAUUUAUUGUGAUGCCCGAAGUUAUCAAGCAAGUGAAGAUCACACAUCCAAGCAACUUCUUGAGGUCAGCGUGAUGGAACAAUUGAGGUCACUUAGUAUGGAGUCAGAAAAGGUAAAAACAAAACUUUUAGACCAAUGCGCAAUGGAAUGUAAGAUUAUUACCAAGGCGUUUGCUUCGCAUUUACUAGCAGAAAAGUCACACAUUAAGGAAAAAAUUCUUCGUGAAAACCAAUCGUAUGAUGAGAAAACAUUCGAUAAAAUCGAACUUGCGGUGAAAAACAAAAUACAUGCUGCUGCAUAUCAGUCAUUGGAUUCUUUGGAAGAGGAACGCCACCUUAUAAAAAAAGCUCAAAACAAAAUCGAAUCUGAGUUCAAAAAAGAAUUCAAAAUGAUGGAAGACGAUUUGCAAAAGGUGACAUUAGAUUUGCUAGGUCGACAGUCCAGCACACUACUAGAUUCAGAACCAGAGAGUUCAAAACGCUUUGAGAAAAUAAAGAAAUAUUCAACUGGUGCAAAAAUAGCGCUAGGAUUAACAUCGCCUCUGUGGAUGCCUCUUGGAGUCAUUGUGAUUGGUGUAGGUAUGCCUAUAAAAAUUGGCGUUGACUAUAUAACAGAUAAAAUGAAGAUAAAAAAGUUCUGCAAAAAGUCUGCUAACUUCAUUGAAGAAUGGAUUGAAGAAAUAUUAAAAGAACAUUUCAACACGGAGAAAUUAAACGAAAUGGUUCACAGUCGAUACAUGUCAAGAUUGAGGCGUCAUAUCAAUGACAUGUUCAAUGACACUGUUCCAGCCAAAAUAGCCUCAAACAGAAUGCUUAUUCUAAUUAUCACAGCAGAAACAAGAUCUGCCGCAGAGGUACAUCAAGAAUUUAAUGCCACAAAAGAAAGAAUACAUUUAAUCAAACGACAAAUGGAGACCUUCAAAGGCAACUUUCUUAUUGACCAAUCCGAAAUAUACUAAUUAUGAACUAUAUUGAUCGCUGACCUUUGCGUAUGUUCCUAAUGGACGUGAAAAGUGAAAGUACUAACUAUUGCAUAGUAUGUAAAUGUGUAAGGAUGGCCGUUUUUAAAUAUGUUUCCAUGAUAAACAGAUUUUGGUAAUGAAAUUUCUUAAUUAUAUUUGUACACAUGUAUAUUAAAUAUUUUGUAUGGUUUUAUGAAUUGAGCCAAUGUAUAUAUGUUAUUUGCUUAUGACUUUUUUUAAGCACACACAAAAUGUUAAAAUGUUUAAAACGUGUUACCUGAAAGUUUGAGAAAAUGCUAAACUUGAAAAUGACAACAAACGAUAACACACCCACGCACUCGUGCAUAAAGCCAACAAUUGAAUAACAAUACCCAACCAUUUACUAGUUUUCGAUAAAUUAAAGGGUCUUAUUUAAUGGUUUGUCGCUGAGCUACAGAAAUAAAGUUUUAAAGUCGUCAUAUAAUUGAAAGACUCACUUCGUUAAAAAUAAAACAUGAUGUUACAAUAUUUAGAAUGUCGACUCUUCCAAUGCGAAUUAGAGGGUGAGAGCACCACAGAAGUCGUAUGUUUUCUUCCUUGUUGCAAUAAAAUGCAUUUCACUUAUGCUGAACUUUGUAAAGCUUAACAUUUUUCAUCAAUAUUCAACCGAUACUUGAACUACUUAAAUUAACAAUAUUGCAAAUGCUCUUCAAAAAAUGAGAAAUACUUGUUUUCUUCGUAAAAUUGCGAUACGCACCACUAAUCAACAAACUUUUGAAAAAUAACGGUUAUUGCCUUGUCAAUACAUAGUUUUACUUUUAAACAAGAAAGUGUUAUAUGUUGACGCAUUAUUGUAAUAAUGCAACACUUAGGUUGACACAUGAUGCAUGUGUAUAUGUUUGAAAAAUAUGUGCUGAAUUUGUAUUUUCUUCAAAUUUUCAAGCGGUUUUAACUCUUAAUAUAUACACUCGAACAAAUGAAAACAAUGUCAAACAAGACUAUUGCCAAGCAAUAUAUGUCCCCUACCGGUUCCACCAUUAUCAGAAAUUCCACCAUUGUCAGAUUAUUUUUUUAUGUGUUGCCAUAGCAACCAGAAUUUUUGACGUAGGAACAAAAUGAAUUGACGUGCAUAAUGUCCAUAUUGCCAUCUAUCAAUAUUUCAAGUUUUAUGAAAAAAUAUGAAGAACUUUUAAAGUUAUCGCAUGAUCCAUAAAACCACCAUUUUCAGCAGUAUUUAUAGUCUAUUUGUUGCCAUAGCAACCAGAAUUUUUGACGUAGGAACAAUCUGAAAUGACGUGCAUAAUGUCCAUACUGCCAUCUAUCCACGUGUCAAGUUUCAUGAACAAAAGUAAUAACUUUUAAAAUUAUCGCAGGCUCCAGAAAAGUGUGACUGAUUGACAAACAGAGCGCAGACCAUAAGUCCCCUCCGGUGAAACCGGUAGGAGACCGGUAGGGGACAAUAAGAUAACGUGUCUUAUGAAAACUUGAAGAAUUUAAAAUAAGAAUCAUUCAACAUACAAGAGUUUAUAAUAAAACAAGAAGUUUAAGUUAAAAGGCCUUGUUCUGGACAUAUUCGGCUUUCAAUACGGUGCCUUCCUAGUACCUUUUCUGAUGUUUUAUGGUGUGCUGUUUUAUUAUUUUGUCAAACUAUUUUCUUUAAAAAAAAAGUAGCUUUUUCAGCAAAUAUUAAUGCAUGUCUUUGUUUGUAAAUAUUCAAGCGUAUUUUGAUUGUUUAAGCCGUCGUUUAUUAUUAAAACAGUAGAUUAAUACGGAUAUCAAACAUUGGCGUAUGUAUAACAUCAAAUAAAUAAUGUAACAAAUAAUAAUGUCCACGACCAGUGCUAGCGCUGGCUUAUUUCUUUCAUGUUACAUUACAUCUAUGUUCGCUUGUGUAUAUGUAUUACAAUAAACUCAUGUAUAAUCGUCGA